GAUUUUUUUUUUCAAUAUUCACCUCAUGCCAUACCAACAUUCGUUAGCGAUUUUGCUUUGCCUCAGAAGUUAAUCGCCUGGCCUGUGCAGGUAUGUGUGCCGUUCUGUUGCACUAUCAAUUUACAUUCCAUCAUUCCAUCUCUUGUGUAGCGCUCAAUCGGAAGAGCAGUAAUGUAAGCAGAGGCAGUGCGCAACAAAAAAUAGGAAAACAUUUUCAUUUAUCGUACGUCUUGUCUUGUUUGUGUAGCUGUUGUAGUAAUCGCUUUAUCAGUAGCUAACUGUUAUAACGUCGCGUCGUCGUCAAAAGUGAUUUCUCGACACCAGUUCUGUUAUUGUGCUCCAUUCGGACCGCUGCUCAGUUUCAGUCGUUACAUGGUUCCUCCCUCAGUAGGUCAUCAAGCUGGUUAUCCGAAAUGUUGGAAAUGAAAACGAUACAUAAGAAGCCACCCGCACCCAUCCCGGAGGGAGAAAACGAAGAUACAAAUGGUCAUGGCACUGGAGAAAGUAGCCCUGUAACAUUAAAACCGGGCUCAAAAAUUCGACCUAUCGUAACCGAAGAAAACGUCCGGAAACUGGCGGAGCGAUUGUACGGUAUCAUCAUUCUGGAGAUGUGCGAGCUCGACUCCUACGACGAUAAGAACUAUUUGAUCCAAGCGGACAGACUUAUUAAAAAUCCAAUCCUUAAAUCUAUCAACGCCGACGGGUAUGUGUUGAAGAUAGCUAAUUCCCUGGACUCUCGGGAUGAGGCUUUCUUCGAGGCUCAAACGGAAGUGAUGCAGCGACUGCGCGAUCGUGGUAUCAGAUGUCCUAUUCCUGCACAGAACAUUUUCGGUAAAUAUCAUUCCCUGGAAACAUUAGGCGAAGGCAAACAUGUGGUUCGUUUACUUGAGUAUAUUCCUGGAAAAGUUUUCCAUGGAGUACCGCAUCCUGAUCGGCUAUUUUACCAGGCUGGUAUGUUUAUCGCACGAAUUGAUUCUGCGUUGAAGGAUAUCAAACAUGAAGGAAUCAUGAAACGUCAGUCCGUCUGGAUGUUGGACAAUUUUCCUCAACUAGAAAAAUUCUUGUUUGUAAUAAAAGAAGAACAGCACAAGGAUUUAGUAGAGCAAGUGCUUGAGGCGUUCCAGAAACAGGUUGUUGCAAACCAAGAUCAGUUUGAGCGAGGAGUAAUCUACGGGGAUUUUAACGAACAUAACAUCAUUGUUAACCGUAAGGAUGGCAAACAGAAGGAUUACGACAUUGCUGGAAUCGUCGAUUUUGGAGAUAUUUGUUAUUCAUAUUACGUAUUUGAGUUGGCCAUUGCUAUGACCUAUAUGAUGUUGGAGUCAAACGACUUGGACAUCGGCGGUUUAGUCAUAGCAGGAUACAGUAUGCUGAGGCUGAUUCCUCCGCAUGAGAAGGCAGUUCUGAAAGUCGCGAUCGCCGCUCGGUUGUGUCAAAGCUUAGUUAUGGGCCUAUACACAUCGACGGUGGAUGAUCAGAAUAAGUACAUCUUGUCCUCGCAGGUUCGGGGCUGGGGUGUGCUGGAAGCAUUGUGGGCCGAGAAGGAUAAGGACAUUCUGGCACGUUGGGAAAAAGUGGCUGAGCAGUUUUUGACUAGAAGCUAGUUCCGAACUCAACACGCAAUCAUAAUUGUCACUCAUCGUAAGUCCGUUUCGUUUGCAGUCAAUUUUUACUGGAAAUAGGAGCUUUUUUUACUAUAUUUUGUCAUAUCAUAUCCUCGAAAAUAACGGUCUGAUUUUUGAUUGUGGUACGGACUUGCCAUGGGUGACAAUGGGUCCAAAGAUUUCAAUUAUUGAAUAAAUGGAGCAAUUAAACACAUGCCUUAGAAUGUUCUCGAACGGCAACAAAGAUAUCAAACGUUAAUUUUAGCGAGUACGAUGUUUUAUAUUUGCACGUUAAUAGAUACAUAAGUAAAUAAAACAGGUUGAUUCAAGCGAUUA